GGAAAUCCAUGCCCUUACUGGGAAGACAUGGAGAGCUAUGGACACAGUCUACACGAGUCCAGUGCGUAUCGCAGCUAAAGACAUACAUAUUUAUCCUGUGAGGAAACCAACGAUUUGAGAAACGGAGAGGAAAAAGAAAGGGUGGCUCGGCUGAGGAUGGAGUGUGCAUUUGACGCACAGAAUUUGAUCUCCAUUUCUUUGAGGAAAAUCCAAAGCUCCAGGACGCAGAGAGGAGGCAUCAAGCUCCACAAGAACUUGCUGGUAACGUACGUUCUGAGAAACGCCAGGCAGUUUUACAUGAGCAAAAACUUGUCGCAAACGCAGAGGUCGCCUCCGUAUGAGGAUGUAACUGCGGUCCGCGGAAGGCAAGAAUACCUUGAAUUGACCGGGAGCUUCACGGAGUUGUCUGAUGACUUCUACUGCAACUUUAGCGGGGUUGAGUCGGACACUUGGCAGUGCGGAGCGCACCAGUCCAGCGGGCAGCCUGCAGAGCUGCCGCACCAAGACGCAUCUGCCUGCGCACUGGUAUCACCCAGUGACUCUGACCUCAUGCUUUCCGAAGCCUGUUGGAGCUGCGCAGACAAAUCCUCCUGGGAGUUAACUAUCCCAAACACACAAGCCAACCAAAAGACCGUCCUGGACUUGGACACUCAUGUGGUGACUACUGUCACGAACGGAUACUUCCACUCAGACUGUUGCGCGCAGCCGAAACAGCCGCAGGGCGCGCAGUGCUACACUAGAAAGCGAAAGAUGCAGGACACAAGUUAUUAUAUUGUUGAUCCAGAGUUUUAUUUGCCAGACUUUGGGCCAGUGCCGUAUAAAAGGAUGAUGGGUGAUGAGGAUUCGCAUACAGAUUCGGACCAACUGGACAGCACAAACAUCUCCAACCUGAUCUCGGUUUUGGGUUCAGGUGGACUAUCUGAGUUUGUGAGUUGGCAGCAAACGGACCUUGAGCAAAUAUUCGCCACUCAAACAAUUUGUUUAAAACACACACUGCUAACAGGCAGUGGUUGGACCAGAGCAAUCGAAGCAUUUUAAUUUGCAUCACUGUUUUUUCUUUGUAUCGUUUAUUUUGUUGAUUUCAAAUAAAACCGUGUCUUGACUGCAA